AACAUUACUUCAUGGGAAAUUUUUAAAAAAAGAUGGGCAGCAAUCAACGAAAUAAAUCUACUUUCGCCGGAACGGAGAUCGUGUCGAAAAGAAAACAUCAUAAUGACUCGUGUCUCCUUUUACCAUUCCAGUACGCGGUAGCGUUUUGACCUGGAAAAAGAAAGAAAAAACGGAUGAGAACGUUUCAAACGACUGAACAUUAGGGCGUCUCCUGUUUAAUAUCGUUCCGAAACGACGGGAGGAAGUUCGACAUCAGAUGGGGAGAAAGUUUAGAGCUUCUUUCUCUUUCAGUGUUUUUUGAGUAUGUAACUGAGAACCCUACAAGUGUUAAGUUCAGUGUCUCAUCUUCGUGGCCAAACGAAUCAUCUCUCUGAUUGUUAUUGUUGCAGCUCUAACCACGUCAGUUAUUUUACUGGAAAUAUGCGACGCUCGCUAUGGUUUGUCAUUCUGGUCAUCGUCCCAAAUUCGUUCCAGAAUUCCACAGAAGAAACCUCAGCGACGGAUAUUGAAGGUGACGAAAUGCAAACGAGAAUUCUCAACCGAAAACCCAAUCGUUACCCAAGUAAAAUCAACAAAGAAUAUCAAUCAUUAUAUCGACCGCCGUGUUUUGACGUCGCCUGUCCGGUCGACGAUUCGUAUCCCAUAGAUUUUGUCUCGUCUAUGGUGGCCAACAAUCUGGCGCUGAUUGAACAACUCCAUUCCAUGCUUUACCGUUAUCCUGCGGAGAAAUUAAUUCUAUUAGAAAAUGCAACCGAUUCUUACAGGGUUAAAGGUAAUUUUGCGUGCGAGUCGGAUGUAGUUUGGUUAAAACUGGGCUGGGCUCACGACGUCACAGGCCGGAACCUCUUGGUAGUCAACACGCCUCGUUACCCACAGAUUCACCGUCUGGAAACGUGCAGGUACGCCGGUAAACAUUGUGAGUUCUUGCCACCCUGUUACCGAUCGAGGUGUCAGCAAAGAUAUACUCACAAACACAUGAUAGUCAUUGAUCCAGCACAGCUGAGCGGCGGACCCUUUGUCGAUCUGCUACCGCUGCCUUCAUCCUGUUCUUGUUUCGUCGAAAAUUUCGUUUACUUUUAA